AUGGAUAACAAGCCUGGGGAUGGCGACAAAAAUUAUCGCCCGGAUAUUGGAAAUCUCAAUCCUGUUAAUAGCGGCUUAGGUGUACUUCCGGGAAAUGGGAAUCUCAAUUCAGGUAAAGGCGGCUCUGGUGAACUUCCGGGUAACGGGAAUAUCAAUCCUGGUCAUGGCGGCUCUGGUAAAAUUCUGGGUAAUGGGAAUCUGAAUCCAGGUCAUAGCGGCUCUGGUUUCAUUCCGGGUAAUGGGAAUCUGAAUCCUGGUCAUGGCGGUUCUGGUUUCAUUCCGGGUAAUGGGAAUCUGAAUCCCGGUCAUGGCGGCUCUGGUUUCAUUCCGAGUAAUGGGAAUCUGAAUCCCGGUCAUGGCGGCUCUGGCUUCAUUCCGGGUAAUGGGAAUCUGAAUCCCGGUCAUGGCGGCUCUGGUAAACUUCCGGGUAAUGGGAAUCUGAAUCCCGGUCAUGGCGGCUCUGGUUUCAUUCCGGGUAACGGAAAUCGCAAUCCUGGUCAUGGCGGCUCUGGUUUUAUUCCGGGUGACGGAAAUCGCAAUCCUGGUAAUGACAGUUCAGGUGUAAUUUCGGGAAAAGGGAAUUCGAAUUCUGAGUAUGGCGACGUAGGUGUACUUUCUGGAAAGGGACACCACGGUGGAGAUACAUCCGAUACAUCGAGAAGGGGUGUAGGAGUUGUAGGAAGUUGCAGCCCGGCUAGUUGUCCAGAGGCCAUGUGUCGGAACCCAAUAACCCUUCCAGGACAGUGUUGCCCGGUGUGCGAUGGAACUCAUGUGCGUGGCGGCAAAGAAGAACUUUCGGGAAGCGGUUAUCAAGAUUCAGUCGGCACCUAUAUAGGUACAUAUAAUACCUUUUUCGAGUAA